UUUUUUUUUUGUCGUGUUCAAUCGAGUACCUGAGGUUUUUCUUUUAUUAUUAUCAUGACAAUGACAGAUACCUCACUCGGUCCAAAGGGCUUAACUAUAGAACAGCAAAAAGAAAUUGCUGAAAUGCAAGCGAAAACAGUGAAUGAAAGAUAUAAACCUAGAAUUACAACUCAAACUUCACUCUAUAUUGGUGAAUUAGCUCCAGACAUUGACGAAGAAAAACUAAAAGCUCACUUUGACAAUAUUAAACAUGUGCAGAUCUAUCGCGAUUCUGUUAGUAAUGAAAACCUAGGAUAUGCUCGUAUCGAUUUUUAUACCCCCAAAGACUGCAGUGCAGCCUUUGAAAAUUUAAAUAAUUCAAAAAUUGACGGCAUAGACUAUCGAUUGAUGAUAUCAGAUAGAGAUAUAACAAAGAGAGUAUCAGGAACAGGAAACAUCAUUAUAAAAAACUUACACCCAGGUGUGGAUAAUAAAUCACUCUAUGACACCUUCUCAAGGUGGGGAAAUGUCACUUCUUGUCGAGUCAUCAAUAAGCUGACAGGUGGAACCGUCAAAGGCUACGGAUAUGUAAAUUAUGACACAUAUGCAGCUGCGGAGAGGGCAAUUGCGCUUGUCAAUGGAAAAAUGCUAUUUGGCAUAGAAGUACAUGCAGCACAUCAAAUACCAAAACAUGAAAGAGAACCUACAUCAACACAGAAUGAUAAUCGAUUCACCAAUGUUUAUGUCAAAAAUUUAUCAAUAGACGUGACAGAGCAAGACCUGAAUCAACUUUUCAGCACAAUGGGUUCUGUAUCAUCCAUAUUAAUUCAGCGAGAUGACCAGCAAAAGUCAAAAGGCUUUGGUUUUGUUAACUUUGAACUACCUGAUGACGCAGAGAGAGCAGUGAAUGAGCUACAUGACACCGAGUUCUUUGGAAAAAAGUUAUUUGUCACUCGAGCACAAAAGAGAUCAGAAAGAGAAGACGAACUGAAAAGACACAGCAGCACGUCCAGACACACAGGCGUCAAUCUGUAUAUAAAAAACUUGGCAGAUAAUGUGACGGAUGAGAUGCUGGUCGAGAGGUUUUCAACGUUUGGAACUAUUACAAGUGCUAAAAUAAUGAGAGAAGAAAAGACAGGUGUAUCAAAAGGGUUUGGAUUUGUUUGCUUCAGCUCAUCCGAAGAAGCCAGUAAAGCGGUAACCGAGAUGAAUGGACAAUCCAUUUGUUCAAAAUCAAUCUAUGUUGCUUUAGCUCAACGUAAAGAGGAUCGUCGUCAUUUUUUGGAAACACAAAUUUCUCAAAAGAGCAAAUAAAAAUCAUUAUUUAUGAGCAAAUAGAAAUGAUAUUCCCCUCCCCCUUUUUUAGAAAGUUUAUCAAGAUAACAUGCAGUAAAAUGACUAAAUCAGUUCUGAUUCAUCAUUAUUUUUUAUGUCAAGGAUAAAAAAAAACCGCGGAG